CGCUUCUCAUCAGCGCGUCCAGCCAAUGACCACACGCGCUGAAGUGACAGCAGGAACUGCGCCCAACGCGCCGCCCGCGCGUCACCAGCGCAGACCUCACCAACACGCUCAGCUCGCCGCCUUCAUCGGCCCGAUAAGCGUUGACGGGCGAAGCAGGAGGGGAGAGAUAUGGAGGGACAGAAACUCUGACUUCCGAGGAACCCACACGCAGGGGCGGAUGGACGCGACAUUGCUCUCCUAACAGAGAUCUCUAUCUGCAGGCUAAUAUAAAUACCAGUGAGGGAAAGGGGAAAAGGCGAGGGAGGGGCCUGAAUUCAAAUUCAAAGUUGUCUCUUGGCAAAGGGAAAUGUAAAUGAUGAAAACAAAUGAUCUACCAGGCGUACAGCUGCCUGUUCUUCUCCGAUGACCUCUGUUUUGGUCUCUUGGACCAGCAGUGCCAUCAUGCUCCCUCGAAGUAUGAAAACGUCUGGAGUAGAUCUGCCGGGAGUGGGACCCAGAGAGGUGCCCCUCAUCGGAUAUCGACCCCUACAGCCAGAGCUCGACGGAUCUACGGAUCAGCUGUGGAAGGAAAAUGAAUACAGGGAGGCAGAUCACACACAGGGGGAGCCGUCCCCGAUGAAGACCACAUGGUACUGUCCGCUGAACCUGUCCACUGUGUCCGAAAUGGAGGAAGACGGUGUCAUCUACACUGUGGUGGUGAAACAAGCACAUGGCUCCCCUGCCGCUCCCCACUCCACAGCAUCCCGUUCUCAGCACGUCAAAGCAGGGACAGAAGAAAAGCUGGUCCUCCAUCUCCUCCAUUCCUUCUCCAUGGGCGACUCCUCCUUCAUCUCUAUCUUCCUCUCCACGUAUCGCUCCUUCACCUCCACCCAGAGAGUGCUGGACAUCCUGACAGACAGGUUGGAAAAUCCUCCUGGGGAGAGCAAAAGUAACACACGUCAAAUGUUCAACAAGGCGGUGUGUACGGUGUUCACCACAUGGCUGAGUGACUAUCCCGAGGAUUUCCGCUCUCUGAACAAUCCCUCCUGCCUGCUGCGUCUGGCCCCCCUUCUUCCCACAGACACCUCGGGCGCAGAAAUCAAAGGCCGACUGCUGAGAAUCGCAGAGGAGCUGAGUGAAAAAACCCUGCUGUCUGGAUCACUCUCAGACCCUACCAAAGGUCUGACAUCCCCUCCUGAUCCCUCGGACUUUGAUGCCACCAGCAUCCUGGGCUUUCCAUCCAGCGUAAUCGCAGAGCAGCUUACCAGGAUCGAGACAGAUCUGUUUCUGAAGCUGGUUCCAUAUCACUGUCUGGGGUCUCUGUGGUCUCAGAGAGAUAAGAAGGGCAAGGAAGGAGCGUGCUGGUCCGUCAGAGCCACUAUCAAGCAGUUCAAUCGCUUAGCAAACGCCGUCACGGCCUCGUGCUUGUGGAACACGAGUCUGAAGAGCCAACAGAGAGCGAGACUGCUGGAGAAAUGGAUCAGUGUCGCAGAGGCCUGCAGAAGCAGGAAGAACUUCUCCUCGCUGUACGCCAUUCUGUCAGCGCUGCAGAGUAACCCCAUUCACAGGCUGAGAAAGACUUGGCAGGAGACAGACAGAGAAGCUGUGAGGAGAUACGAGGAGCUGUCUGACAUCUUCUCAGAGAAAGACAACUACUCCCAGAGCCGCGAGCUCCUCAAAGAGGAAGGGACAUCCAAAUUUUCAAACCUUGACACUAAAAUCAACAACAGGAGAUUUACAGGGUCGUGCGCUCAGGGCACUGUGCCGUACCUGGGCAUCUUCCUCCGAGAUCUCACCAUGCUGGACACUGCAGUCAAAGACAGAUUAGAGAAUGGCUUUAUCAACUUCGAUAAAAGGCGACGGGAGUUUGAAGUCAUCGCUCAAAUUCGCCUCCUUCAGUCCUCGUGUAAAAACAGCAUAUUCAGAACAGAUGAGUCGUUCGUUCAGUGGUAUCACAGUGUACCUACUCUUCGUGAAGAGGAAAGCUACAAGCUGUCCAAUCAGAUUGAAGCACCGGGCGAGCCGAGUCCUGGUCGUGGCCUGAACCCUACGGUGAUCAUCACACAGUGUCCAGAUGCUCUCUCAGCUGUGGCAAAUACGACAGUGGAUGCUGAUGGGAUGUUUGACUUCCCGUCUCCUGUCAAUCACCUGCUCUCCAAGCUUUACAAGCAUGUGAAAUCCCCUUCCGUUUCCUGUCUGGAUGUUGAUUCAUCACCACCGCCCAAUGAUGCCACACCCUCUGUUUUGACUACACCCACUACAGCUGUCAAAUCACAUCGACGCUCCGUCUCCUGUGGCAACAACCCAACCAAUAACAAACCAGAGGCGGGGCCUGAUAUGAGAAUCGUCAGGAUAAGAAUGGAUUUGCACGACGGCAACUUAUACAGAAGCAUUCUGGUCACCAGUAAUGAUAAAACACCCACUGUAAUCAGUUCUGCAUUAGAGAAGCACAACCAGAAUGCUCAAGAAGCCUCCAAAUACGAGCUGAUCCAACUGCUGCCGGAGGGAAAAGAGUUAAUAAUACCUCCCACAGGAAACGUCUUCUAUGCCAUGUCUUCAGCUAGCGUCGACUUCCUGUUAAGGAGAAGAGGAGGAAAUACACCAACAGGGUCUCCGACUCUUGGAAAUGAAACCAGCGCAACCUUUCCACGAAUCAAAGCCAAGGGCAGAAGACUAGUCCGGACACUAUUUUAACGUAAAAACAGGAUAUUCACGUCCAAGUACUUUCAAAAGACACAAAAUGUUUCAUUCAGAGCUCUGUGACGUAACUGUGUAAAACUGGCUCAUUUUCAUAAGUCCUAAUAUUAGUAAUUUGAGUGAAAGCUUGGUUGAAAUGGCUCUAAAAUGUUAGUUACUGUUAAACGUUGCACUAUUUUUGCAUUUCAUAAAUCCGUAAUGAAUUUCAAGACAGAAUCACGUACCUUUUGCUGAUACCAGCAUUUCUAGUACUUCUCCCCCGUCUACCUCUAAAGCUAGCCGGCUAUUGGUUACAGAAUAUUAGUCAAGAAUCUGCAUUAUUGAUGAACAUCAAAUGGAGAUGGAGCAGCUAAAAGAUCCCAGCAUAAUAAAAUAAACACUUACAGAAGGUACUUACACCUGUCUAACAUUUCAAUACACUGAGCUGUUCUGUGUGGGCAAAAAGCUACUGAAAAACACCCACCUAUCUGAAGACGAGUCGCUAGAAACCACUGCCGCUCUCCAAAGUCCUUACCAAGUAUGCAUACUGAUAGUUGCUUAUUGCGCGCUUUAUGUUUAAAUAUUUAUAUGAAAUUAAUUAUGGUUAUGGUUAUAUCGAGACACUGAUCCAAAACCUAGUGUAAAGUUUGCGUAAAGGCAGCAAAGUAAUUAAAACAGAUCCUCAAAAGUGACAGAUUUGAAACAUUAGACAUUGGCAGCAACUCAUAGGCCAUAAAUGGGAAACUUUACAAUUGAUUUCAAUACAGUCUGGGGUCAGUAAGGUUUUUUUUCAAAAGAAAUUAAUCCGUUUAUAUAGCAGUGUUAUUAUAGUUAACUAAAACUAAAUCUGAAACUAAAAUUAAAACCAAUUAAAAAAAAUACAAAAUUAAAAUUUUUUCAUUAAAAAACUGAAUUUAAUAAAAAACAAAAAAGGAAAUAUAUAUAUAUAUAUAUAUAUAUAUAUAUAUAUACACAUAUUAUAUAUAAACCCGCAACAUUUUUUUAUUUUAUUUAAAAUGAAUGCAAAUUAUAACCAUAUAUAAAAAAGUAAAAAUGACAAAACAACAAAUUUACUAAAAUUACUAAACUAUUAAAAUUAAAAUGAAAACUGAAAAUAUAAAAAUUAAAUAUUACUAAAAUGUAAUAUUAAUUUAAAAACAAUUACAGUAUCUCAGUGAAACUAAAAUAACACUGCUAUUCAGUAUAGAUGCAUGAAAUUGAUCAAAAGUGAUUAUAAGCACAUUUAUAAUGUUACAAAAGAUUUAUUUUUCAUUAUUUAAACUUUCUAUUCAUCAGAGAAACCUGAAAAAGUAUCAUGGUUUCCACAAAAAUAUUAAGCAGCACAACUGUUAAUAAUAAUAAUAAUAAUAAUAAUUAAAAUAUUAAUUAUUGCAUUUUAAAAUAUAUUACAGUUGAAAUCAGCUAUUCUGAAUUGUAAAAAUAGUGCCUUUUUUAAUCAAAUAAAUGCAAAACAUCAAAAAAAUCUCACUGACUCCAAACUUUUGAAUGGCAAUGUAUAUACAGUAGCACAAAAAUAUUGGGUUAAACAGUAAAUUUUGGAUUUUACCUAUUUGGUAUUAUAUACCCAACUGCAUGCAAAAUAUGCAUGCACAGAAAUAGGCCAAAAGAAAACAUCUAAGGCAUAAUCAUCCAGCCUAUUUUUAGUACAGGAUUUGAGUGUGUAGCACAUACGAUGCCUUAAAGUGCUGCCUAUGCAGGCAUUUCACUAGGUUUUGGGACAGAGCCGAUAGUGUGUUGAACUGCAGGUCUCCAGUUCUGGCUGUUCUCCGAUACCAAAUCGACUCCUUUAACACAAAAAUGCAAAAAAGCUGUGCCUGGGACAUUAUUUUUGUUUUGUACUGAUAAAAGCGUAACGCUACGAUCAUCAAGAGUAGAAAACAACACUGUCAUUCGUACCCUAAUGAACCUUGCGCUCUCUUACUCGUAUGCUGUUGAAGUCUCUGUGGGAACUGAGGCAUGCGAGAGCUCACAGCAAGGAAGAGGGGUUCAUUACACUUCAGUCUUUAGUUAUGUUCGGAAUAGCAUACUAUCAUACUAUGCUUACAUAUAGUAUGCAAAUGUGCAGUAUACAACAGAGUUUUUAUUUUUCUAAGAUAAGAAUUGGAUGCCACAUGCAAUGUGAUGCCGUCAUGUGACAACAAAUGUAGCAUACUACUGUUGAGAUCUUGGAAAAAUGGCUGUAUACACUGAGUAAGUAGUAAGCUAGUAUUCCAUUCCGGUCAUUUGUUUUUGGUCACUUGUUUGUUAAAGUGCCUUAUUAUCAGGUGCUCUCGUGUGAUUGUUGUUCUGGUGUGUUGCGCAGUGAAAAGCAUGUUGCAGCUUCAGUCCUGUAUCGUCAGAUCUGUAUUCUGACACCUUUAUGCACUACAUACCUCCUAUUCUUGUAAUAAACUUUAAUUUUGAUACAA